AUGGCCACAUCCGCCUCCGCCAAUUCUGCUGCUGGCCGUGCUCUUCCUCCUUCCACUCCGCCGCUGUCGGCCUCUUCCGGAGGCUCCGUACGCCACGUGCUACAUGGUUACCGCGCCAGCAGCGGUCCCCGCCACGCCCAUCGUCGGGUGGCGCCCGCUGCCGGACCGCCGUCAGCCGCCACCACGCUACUCAUGACGCAUCCCGCCGCCGCCGGUUUCAGCAGCACGGGCAGUUACGCGAGCAGCGUGGACGAGCAGGACGAGCAGCCGUACGACAUGGAUGAGGAGUUGGCGCCGCCGCCGGACCUGCCUGUGCCGCGAGGCGAGACGGCUGGCGCUACUCUUAUCCUGGAGGGGGUGACCGUGCAAGCGGGAGACCGAGAUCUACUCAGUGACGUGUCGUGGCGGCUGAUGCCAGGUCAGCGAGCUGGGUUAGUUGGGGCUAACGGUUGCGGCAAGAGUACGCUGCUGCGCUGCCUGGCCGGGCUGAGACAUGUGGACGCGGGAAUGGCGCGAAUUUCACAUACCGUACAGGUGGGGUACCUGGAGCAGACUGCGGUGGGCGGCAGUCGUCGUACAGUUUGGCAGGAGGCCCGCAGUCGCAUGAGCGGGUUAGUGGCUGCGGAGCGGGACAUGCAGCGGGCCGAGCGGGAGCUGGCGGCGGGGGACACAUCAGCCGCCGCCCGCCUCGCAGCCGCCCAGGAUGCCUGGGAGCAGGCAGGCGGCCCGGAGAGUGAGCGCACCAUCACUGCCGUACUGACGGGUUUGGGGUUCCGUCGUGAGCAGUUCCACAAGCGGUGCAGCGAGUUCAGCGGGGGAUGGCAGAUGCGCAUCGCCCUAGCGCGGCUCCUGCUGGGUCCCGCGGGUCAGGGCGGUUCCGGAGCGGGUGCGUUACUGCUGUUGGACGAGCCAACUAACCAUCUGGACAGCGCGGCCUGCAAGUGGCUGGGCAAUUUCCUCCGUACGGGUGUACCGCCCACGACCUCUGUCGUACUGGUGUCUCACGACGAGGCCUUAUUGGAGAGCGCGUGCGACCGCAUUUUGGAGGUCCGGGGCCGUCAGCUGCACGGCUACGUGGGAGGGUUCCGCAAGUUCUUAGAACAGCGGGCGGCCCGGGAGGCGCAGGCUCGGGCGGAGGCUGAGGCCCAACAAGCGGAAAUCGACAAGUUGGAGGAGUUCGUGACGCGUUUCGGAGCCAAGGCAUCCAAGGCCUCCCAAGCCCAGUCCAAGGCCAAGAUGUUGGAGAAGCUCAAGGCGGCGCAAACCGAAAUCCCGGCAGCGGCGGCAGCCACCGGGGCGGGGGACGCGCGCAAGGUGGCGCUGAGGCUCCCCCGCGCCCCCCCUUGCUACACGGAGGCCAUAAAGCUCAGUGGGGUGGCGGUGCUAGGUCCCAACGGCGCGGGCAAGUCCACCCUCCUAAAGGCCAUCGGGGGCUCCCUGCCGCUAUGGGCGGGUAGUCGUACACUGGGGGAUGGAGUACGACUGGCCGUGUUCUCCCAGGACCUUGCGCAGGAUUUGCCUCUGGACGUGCCUGCCCUUGACUACGUGGAGGGAGUUGUCUGCCGCCGGCGGAGCUGGCGUCCUCUUCUUCACCUGUCCAUCGAGUCACUUCGAGUCACUUCCUUCCCACUUGUCAUUCGAGUGCCGCCAAAUGCGGCAACAACGGCGGCGGCGUCGCCUCUGGUGAUGCAGCCGCCGGCGGAGCUGUCGUCCUCUUCUUCACCUGUCCAUCGAGUCACUUCGAGUCACUUCCUUCCCACUUGUCAUUCGAGUGCCGCCAAAUGCGGCAACAGCGGCGGCGGCGUCGCCUCUGGUGAUGCAGCCGCCGGCGGAGCUGGCGUCCUCUUCUCCACCUGUCCAUCGAGACACGUCGAGUCACUUCCUUCCCACUUGUCAUUCGAGUGCCGCCAAAUGCGGCAACAACGGCGGCGGCGUCGCCUCUGCCGCCGGCGGAGCUGGCGUCCUCUUCUUCACCUGUCCAUCGAGUCACUUCGAGUCACUUCCUUCCCACUUGUCAUUCGAGUUCCGCCAAAUGCGGCAACAGCGGCGGCGGCGUCGCCUCUGGUGAUGCAGCCGCCGGCGGAGCUGUCGUCCUCUUCUUCACCUGUCCAUCGAGUCACUUCGAUGUCACGCCAUAUGACGUGCUAA